AUUCUGCUUCACUGGCCCAAGGAACAAGAGCGUGUACAUACCAGUGAGAGGGAGAGAGAGAGAGAGAGAGAGAGAGAGAGAGAGAGAGAGAGAGAGAGAGAGAGAGAGAUAGACAGCGACAGAGAAAGCAGAGCCUGGUGGAUUACCCAUUCCUGGAGGAAGCACGCGUGCAUGUGGGUGUGUGUGUGUGUGUGUAUGUGUGAGUGAGAGAGCGAGAGAGGGACAAUAGCAGAUGCACGUUCCCCCCCACGCCCUGCGUCUCCCCACUCACUCAUCUCCAGCUGAGCGUGUGUGCGUGCCGCACUGUGGACUUCAGUGUGUGUGUGUGCGGAUCUGGAUCUAAGUGGUGUCUGUGCUUGAAGCCAUGAGACUGGCGGCUGGAGCUCCGGGGCCAUGUCUGGCUGCUCGCGCUCUUGGGGCGGUUCUGCUUCUCGUGUGGCUGUGGGACGCACAGACACAGACGGUCAGCAGCAUCAAGCCCACUUACAUCUGGCAGACAGGGCCCUGGGGCAGGUGUAUGGGUAGUGAGUGUGGUCCAGGUGGGAGUCAGAGCCGAGCAGUGUGGUGUGCCCACUCUGAGGGCUGGACCACCCUACACACCAACUGUCCUCAGAGCAAGCGGCCUGACAACCAGCAGAAAUGCUUUCGUGUCUGCGACUGGCACAAGGAGUUGUAUGACUGGCAGCUGGGUGCGUGGAACCAGUGCGUGCCCAUCUCACUGCACAAGCCCGGGGUGCCACGGCCGCCAGUGUGUACGCGGGGCGAGGAGGGCAUACAGACGCGUGAGGUGAGCUGUGUGCAGAAGACAGAUGGCGAGCCUGCCAACGACGCCAUCUGUGAGUACUUUGAGCCCAAGCCGCGGCUGGAGCAGGCCUGCCUCAUUCCCUGCCCACGGGACUGCGUUGUAUCAGAAUUCUCGCCCUGGACCUCAUGCUCCAAGACAUGUGGCACAGGCCUGCAGAACCGCGUACGCUCAGUCCUGGCCCCGCCCUUGUUCAGGGGCUCAGCCUGCCCUAACCUGACAGAGUUGCGCACCUGUGAACUGGUGCCCUGUGAGGGGGAGGAGAGUGUGCACAGCCUCAGGGUGGGGGCCUGGGGGCCCUGCAGCUUGGUGCCUUCAAGGGAGGCCCGUCAGGUGCCCCAAGACCAUCCCAAACAUCUGGAUAGGCCCGACCGACCUGACCAACCUAAGCAUCCUGACAGACCAAAACGUCCAGACAGACCGAAACGUUCAGACAGACCAAAACGUCCAGAUAGACCAGAUCACCCAGAUAGACUGAAUCGCCCAGAUAGACCAAAUCGUGCAGACAGGCUAAAACGUCCUGACAGACCAAAACGCCCAGACAGACUGAGACGCCUAGACCGAGCCGACCAGCCGGACCGUCAGACGAGGCAGGAGCGGCAGGCCAAACGGCGCAAGAACAAAGAGAAAAAGGAGGCAAAAGGAGAGCGUGUGAGGCAGAGGCAAAGGGACAGAGAAAGGGUGAAGGACCCAGAAACCCGAGAGCUUAUUAAAAAGAAGCGCACGAGGAACCGACAAAACCGGCAGGGCGGCAAGUUCUGGGACCUGCAGGUGGGCUACCAGACCAGGGAGGUGAUGUGUGUGCACAGGAACGGAAGCACUGCAGCGCUGAGCCUGUGCCAUGAGCAGACCCUUCCUGUGACAUACCAAGCCUGUGUUAUCACCAAGGACUGUGAGGUGACAGAGUGGUCUGACUGGUCGGCCUGCUCAAAGGAAUGCUACGAGCCCAAUGGGCCCAAGGGCAAGCGGACGCGUAUACGCCGCAUCCAGCAGUUCAACGUGGGUGGAGGAACAGAGUGCCCCCACCUGGAGGAGUCUGAGACAUGCACCCCUCAGGGUGACGGGAUCCUGCCAUGCAUAGCUUAUACCUGGAAGACCACGGAGUGGAGUGAAUGCCGGGUGGAUGUGCUCCUCAGCCAACAGGACCGUCGUCGGGGCAACCAGACAGGGCUAUGCGGAGGUGGGAUCCAGAAUAGGGAGGUGUACUGUGUUCAGGCUCCCUCUGACUUCCAAUCCAACCUCAACUCCCUCAAGAGCAAAGAAGCUUCGCGGCCGGUGAACAGCGACCUGUGUAUAGGGCUUCCUCCCAACACCACUCAGCUGUGUCACAUCCCAUGUCCAGUGGAGUGUGAGGUCUCUUCCUGGAGUGCCUGGGGACCCUGCACGUUUGAGAACUGUCAGGACCAGAGCUCCAAGAAAGGUUUCAAACUGAGGAAGAGGAAGGUUCUGAACGAGCCGACGGGUGGCGCAGGAAACUGCCCCCACCUGACGGAAGCUAUACCAUGUGAGGAACCCAGCUGCUACGACUGGUUGCUGGUGAGGCUGGAAGAAUGUAUUCCUGAUAAUAACAGAGAGUGUGGACCCGGUACCCAGAACCCACAAGUACAAUGCAUCAACAGCGAUGGUGAGUUUGUGGACAUGCAGCUGUGUCGUGAUGCCAUCCUGCCCAUACCUGUGCUGUGCGAGGUGCCCUGCCUGAGGGACUGUGUGCUGAGCCCCUGGACGUCCUGGUCACUCUGCUCACACACCUGCUCGGGCAAGAACACAGAGGGCAAGCAGACACGGGCACGCUCCAUUCUGGCCUAUAGUGCUGGAGAGGGUGGCGUACAAUGUCCCAACAGCAGUGCCCUGCAGGAGGCAAGGAGCUGCAACGAACACCCCUGCACUGUCUACCACUGGCAGACGGGCCCCUGGGGGCCAUGCAUAGAGGACACCUCUGUACCCACCUCCAAUGGCUCCCUGAGCCCUGGAGGAGCAGGGGCAGGGGGCAUCGAGGCUUCCUGUGCCGUGGGUAUGCAGACCCGCAAGGUCAUCUGCGUGCGGGUCAACGUGGGUCAAGUGCCACCCAAGAAGUGUCCAGAGAGCAUACGGCCAGACACAGUGAGGCCAUGUUUGCUGCCAUGCAAAAGAGACUGUAUCGUCACGCCAUACAGUGAUUGGACUCCGUGCCCUUCCACCUGUCAAGCAGGUGGAGCUAUGAAGAAGAAACAGUCAAGGAAACGCAUCAUCAUUCAACUGCCAGCCAAUGGGGGCCAGGAUUGCCCAGAAGUACGCUACCAGGAGAAGGAGUGUGAGGCACCUUCUGUUUGCCCUGGCUACCGGUGGAAGACCCAUAAGUGGAGACGGUGUCAGCUGGUGCCGUGGUCUAUUCGGAAAGAUAGCCCUGGCGCUCAGGAAACAUGUGGACCAGGGUUACAGGCUAGAGCGGUGUCCUGUCGGAAGCAGGAUGGUGGGCAGGUGGACAUUGGGGUGUGUCUGAAGCUGGCUGGUCCAAUGCCCCUGCUCUCUCAGGCCUGUCAGCACCCAUGUCAGGAUGACUGCCAGUUGACCAGCUGGUCCAGGUUCUCGUCCUGUGCGUCUGACUGUGUGGGGGUGCGCACACGUAGACGUUUACUUGUGGGUAAGAGUAAGAAAAGAGAUCACUGUAAAAAUACUCAGGUGUACCCACUCAGCGAAACCCAAUACUGCCCCUGCAAUAAGUACAAUGCCCAGCCUGUGGGGAACUGGUCUGACUGCAUCUUGCCAGAGGGCGGCCGAGUAGAGGGACUCCUGGGUAUGAAGGUGCAGGGCGAUAUCAAGGAAUGUGGCCAGGGCUAUCGGUACCAGGCCAUGGUGUGCUACGACCAGGACAACCGACUGGUGGAGACCUCCCGCUGCAACAGUCACGGGUAUAUUGAAGAAGCCUGUAUCAUUCCCUGCCCAUCUGACUGCAAACUCAGUGAGUGGUCAAACUGGUCGCGAUGUAGCAAAUCAUGUGGGAGUGGAGUCAAAGUGCGCUCAAAGUGGCUUAGAGAAAAGCCCUACAACAGUGGAAGACCGUGCCCUAAACUCGACCACGUUAAUCAGGCUCAGGUGUAUGAGGUGGUUCCCUGCCAGAGUGACUGUGGUCAGUACAUUUGGGUGGCUGAGCCUUGGAGUGUCUGGAAAGUCAGCAAUGUGGACUUGAAGGAAAACUGUGGUGAGGGUGUGCAGACCAGGAAAGUUAGAUGUAUGCAAAAUACAAUUGACGGGCCUUCAGACCCAGUUGAAGACUAUCUGUGUGACCCAGAGGAGAUGCCUCUUGGAGCCAGAGAGAGCAAGCUUCCCUGCCCAGAGGAUUGUGUCCUCUCUGACUGGAGUCCCUGGAGCCAGUGCCCACUGCCUUGCAGUACAAAUAACACCCGAGAGAGGACUGCCAGUCGUAUACGUCAGCCUGGGGAAUCAAAGCAAUGUCCUUCCACAACAGAGCAAGAGUCCUGCACCCUCAACACCAACUGCUUUCACUACUCGUAUAAUAUCACAGACUGGAGCACAUGCCAGUUGAGUGAGCGAGCUGUAUGUGGUAGCGGCAUCAAGACCCGCAUGCUGGACUGCGUGCGCAGUGACGGCAAGUCGGUGGAUCUCAGGUUCUGUGAGGAGUUUCAGCUUAAUCUCGAAAGGAAGUGGCAGAUGAAUGCUUCCUGUGUGGUUGAGUGUCCUGUCAAUUGCCAGUUGUCAGACUGGUCGUCCUGGUCCGAGUGCUCCCAUACCUGUGGGUUGGCAGGGAAGUUGUGGAGACGGAGGAGUGUGGUGCAGGCAUCUCAGGGUGAUGGCCGUCCCUGCCCCUCGCAGCUGGAGCAGUGGAAGCCGUGUCCGGUCAGGCCCUGCUACAGCUGGAGAUAUGGCGCCUGGUCGCCAUGCCAGGCUGAGGGCGCUCGGUGCGGUGAGGGCGUGCGGUUCAGGAACGUAUCCUGCUUCGUGUCAAACGGCUCAGGGAGGAACAAGGGCAACCUGGUAGAUGAGGAGCUGUGUGGAGACCUGGAGCAGGCUGUGGACGGAGACAAACAGAUCAUACUGGAGGAGUUGUGCACGGUGCCCUGCCCGGGGGAGUGCUAUUUGACGGAGUGGACGGCGUGGAGCGCUUGCCUGCUCAGCUGUGUGGGUGGGGAGGAUCUGGGCUUUGGCUCAGUGCAGGUACGAUCUCGAGCUGUACGUGCCCAAGAAGCCGAGAACCUCCACCAGUGUCCGCAGCAGGAGUGGGAGGUCCGGCCAUGCACAGAGGGCCAGUGUUAUGAGUAUAAAUGGAUGACUGGUCCGUGGAGAGGCUCCUCCCGUCUGGUGUGGUGUCAGCGCUCGGAUGGGUUAAAUGUCACAGGUGGAUGCCUGGUGACAAGUGAACCCGUAGCAGAUAGGUCAUGUGAUCCAUCCUGUGACAAACCCCACUCUUACUGUACCGAGGCCGGUAUGUGCGGGUGCGAGGAGGGCUACACUGAGGUGAUGACAUCAAAUGGGGUCCUGGACCAGUGUACAGUCAUUCCAGUGCUGGAGAUCCCCACUGCAGGGGACAGCAAGGCUGACGUAAAGACCAUCAGGGCCAUCAGCCCCACCCAGCCCAAUGCCAGCCUGCCAGGCCGUUCCAGCCGAACCUGGUUCCUACAGCCCUUCGGACCAGAUGGCAAACUGAAGACCUGGGUGUACGGUGUGGCAGCUGGGGCGUUUGUGCUUCUGGUGUUCAUCUUCUCCAUGACUUACUUAGCCUGCAAAAAGCCAAAGAAGCCACAGAGAAGACAGAUGAACAACAGACUGAAGCCUCUUACUCUGGCUUAUGAUGGUGAUGCUGACAUGUAGCCUUGCUGUAACCGCCACUCUGCUCCUGUGAAAGCACCCCCUCUCCACAGCUGCCUGCCGGCCACCCAUGGCUCAGGUCCCUGAGGCCUGACGUUUACUCACGUUUUCUAUGACCUUCCGAAACCUCCAGCUCAGUCUUGUCCCUCGUCCCUCCUUUCUCUCUUUUUUUCCUUUCUUUAAAAAAAAAAAAAAAAAAAGAAGACUUUCACUGGAGCCUUCACAAAAAAUUGUCUUAACGAAGUCUGCCUUUAUCUGUCUGCCAUUCUGUAACAUAGACUUGUUUUUUCAGAAGGAAAGCCAUUGGACAGGGCCCUUUUUUUGAUAGACGGGUUUUGCCGAGAAAGUGCGAGAAUGCCUGUUACCUCUUCACACAUGUAGAGCUGUGUUUGAUGGAUAACUCCUCAACUCACAGUUCAUGUAAUUGUAUUCAAUUACCCUGAAACAUGCUCCAUUUGGGUUUGGUUCUUUUGCAGCCACCUCUGCAUAGCAUUGUGGCAUUGGUUUUGGGGUUGGUACUCAGAUUUCACAGGCCUGCUAUCCCCCCUCUAUAGAAACUAUGGCCAGCCUCUCCCUUCUCUGUAUUCAGGUUCCAUUUUGCACUAUAUUAGUGCAGCAUGAUUACUUAUAACAUUGCCAUAGAAAACUGCCUCUCUCAAUACAAAUGAUGUACAGUCUUGUGCUAGACGUGUAAAAAAAAGUAGACAUUUUUUGCAGAAUGAACUUGCAAAUGUUGUUUAAAGUUGUUUACCUCCUGUUUGUGAUAAGAUGGGGCACAAAUGUAAAAUACUUUUUGUGGUUGCCACUAUUCCCUUGUAAAAUGUACAUUUGGAGUCUGCUAAGUGUUGCCUGACUGACUUUAUGUAUGUCAUGUUUUUAUUGAUUAAUUGAUUAUGUAUGUAUGUAUUUAUUUAUUUAUUUUUGACUGUGGAUAUUGGAGGCACAGUUUACUAAAUUGUUUCUAUAGAUUUCAGUCUUAUUUAUCUGAUUCAAGGGCUCCAAUACUGCAAUUUGAGUGCUUUUAGGGGCAUUGACACAAAGGGAUGAUUUAAUAAAUACUGAUUCUGAUAAAUGUAACUGGAGCUUUUGUGUAGAAAAAUACCUACACAUGACAUGAGAGCUACAAUUCCCCCAAACGUGGUGGUAUCUACUUGGUGUGUUAAGAUGAACUGGGAGGGCUCAUUUGGAUCCUGUAAGAGGUUGAAUAUGGAGAGUUAUGUAAUGUUUAUGUAAUGGACAGUUCAUGUUCACAAAGAAAGGAAGUUUUGCAUCAAAUUCUUGUAUGCUCCACAUCAACCACAGAACCAAAAAAAUAAUUGAACUUUCUCCAGAGGUAUUUCAUGGUUCAUCAGUUUCAAUGAAGCAAAACAUUUCAAUUAACUCAGUGUGCAAAAGGGUGCACAUGUUAAUGAUCUGUGAAGUACAUAGCAAAUAUGCAGAAGGAAAAACAUGUUCUGUGUUUGCAUCAUAAACACAGGGAGUAUUAAUUUGCAGACUACGAGAAAAGCUUCAGUAUGUAUCGUUGAAUAGCUAUGGACACUGUUUCCAGAGACAUAUCAUUAACCUUGCAUUCCAUUUUAACAAGUUAUCAACAACAGGUGAAAGGAAUGUUUACUUUUUUUUGUUAAAUUAUAAGUUGUAAAUACAUCAAUGAUGAUUUUAUUUAAUUAUCAUUUCUGUAUAAUAUAUAAAUAUGUUAAUUUCCUUUUUUAAUGCACAAACUGUUUAGAAAAGAUUGAGUGAGUGUGUGUGCGUGUGUGUGUGUGUGCGCGUGUGUGUGCG